AUGUCUGCAAGCCCUCCCGCCGCAAUGGAGCGUCCCAACGUGACGGAAGACGCGAGUUCGGAUCACGAUGUUGACAUGAAAGAUGCGUCGGAGCCUGCGGGACCUGACAACGACCAGAGUCCGGACCGGAAAGAGGCCCAAAAGGACGAGCCGCAGCAGCCGGCGAGCGAUGCCGAGGAGGAAGAGGAGGACGGUGACGACGAGGACGAGGACAGCCCCGGCAUGUUUCAAAUCAUUCAGAAGAUGACCACAUACCUCUGCACCGUGGAAUCAGAGGGCGAGGAGCUUGCGGCUGGUUUUCAACGCAUACCGAACCGCCGCGUCCUUCCCGAUUACUUUGAAGUCAUCGCCGAACCAGUCGCGUUCAGCACGAUCCGGGGGAAACUGCAAAGAAAGCUGUACACGUCCGUUUCUGAAUUUGUCAAGGACGUCGCCCAGAUUUGCCACAACGCACAAGUGUACAACCGGCCCUCCGCUCCCAUAUUCAGCGCCGCCGUGCGGCUGCGAGAUAUUUUUCAGGAAGAGCUCCGAAAAUUAGUCGGCAAAGGCCACAUCUCCGAGGCCGACGCCAAGCUACCCGACUUGGGCGAAUUGCCGCCGGUCGAGGAGUCGUCCUCUCGAGGGUCCGAGGUUGGAGAUGCGGAAGAUGACGAGGACGAUGACGAAGAGGAUGAGGACGACGACGACGACGAGUCAUCCGACGACGACGACGAUGACGACGACGACGACGACAAAGGGGGAGGGCGGCGCCGACGCCGGCGAGAGCGGAACCGCGACCGAUCCUUUUCCGUUCGACGGGACCGCGACGACGACAAGGACGACGACGGCCACAAGAAGCGAGGCCGCCCGCCGAUGGUGCUGACGCCGAUGGAAGCCCGCAUAUCUUCCAUCCUGAAGGGGCUGAGGAAGCCCAGAAACACCAACGGGGGGCUGCUCAUCCUGCCGUUCGAGAGGCUUCCCGACAAGUCCCUGGUCCCUGAUUACUACCAGACCAUCACGCAACCGAUCGCCUUGGACAACAUCAAGAAGAAGGCGAAGAGGAAGAAGUAUCGAACCGUCGACGACGUCAUGGCCGACGUCGAGCUCAUGUUUGAGAAUGCCAAGCUCUACAACGAGGACGACUCCGAGGUCCAUCAAGCCGCCGUGGAGCUGCAGCGCGAGGCGCGAGAGCUGGCCGAGAUGGAAAAGGCCAAACCGGAUGACGACUUUCGAGACGAGGACGGCAAGCUUCCGCUCGGCGAGAUAGAACACAACGGACGAGUGUGGAGAGUCGGCGAUUGGGUGCACAUCCGCAACCCCAACGAUUUGGCGAAGCCCAUCGUCGCCCAGAUAUUCCGAACGUGGCAAGAUCGCGCCGGACAGAAGUGGAUCAACGCUUGCUGGUAUUACCGACCGGAGCAGACGGUUCAUCGACACGAGAAGCACUUCUUCGAGCGCGAGGUGGUCAAGACGGGGCAGUACCGCGACCACCAGAUCGGAGAGGUGCUCGACUGCUGCUUCGUCAUGUUCGUCACGCGCUUCAACAGAGGUCGACCCCGUGCCUUCCCGCCGGACAAGGACGUGUACGUGUGCGAGUCGAGGUACAACGAGGACAAUUUCCGCUUCAACAAGAUCAAGACGUGGGCGAGCUGCGUGCCGGACGAGGUGCGCGAGAGGGACUACGAGAUGGACCUGUUUGACAGCCCACGGCGCAUGAGAAAGGUGCCCAGCCCGAUCAAGCACCUCCUUCGCGAGGACGCCAAGGAGACGGAUCCCCUGCCGAAGCCGACCUGGGGCAGUCCCAACGCUCCGCCGAUUGUCGGGGCAGUGCACAGGCUCCGGCCAGGGCCGAACGAGUCGCCGCCGCCGCAAGCAACACCACCACGACCGAUGCCUGCUGCCGGGCCUGACGCGCCACUCGACUCCCUGCCACGGUCGUCGAUGUCGGCGGCGACGCGUGAAUUCGCCGAUCAUUCCGCUCGCAUGGCCCAGCCUCACUUUCAAGGACCCGGACCGUCGCCGGCUCCUGGCCACUACGGCAACGUCCAGCCGGCGCCUCACUUUCUGCCGGGCACGCCAGCACCGAUGGGCAGCCAUCCGUUGAUGCACCAGACGCCGGUGCCGAUUCCUCACCAAGCUCAUCACAUCAUGCCGGCUGCCCAGAUGCCGAUGCGGCCGGUGCAGUACCAGCCGCAUCAGCAAGCCGGCUUCCCGCAAAACUACGCACCCGCCUACAUGCCAUCGCCCGUGAUGCCGGCUCACGCACCGCCGCCGAUGAACAAUCCUCUCCCUGGCAACUACACGCCGGGAAACGUGCCGCACAUGCCGCGGGGGGCGUCGACGAUGACUCCGGCUGCGGGAGGUUCCGCGCCGCACGCCAACGUGUACAAUCCACCACGACCGCCGGAGGUGUACAUUCUUCCCGACAACGUUCACGAGCUGCUGCCUCCCGAGCUGUGUCGAAGCUUCCAGCGCGACGGUGCGGGACGGAUCCUGUUCUUCACUGCACCGCCACUCGAGCGCCCACGCGGCGGCCUGUCCCCCCGCGGCGCCGCCCUCGGACACAGCAUCCGCUAUCUGUCCGGCAGAGACGACUGGCGCAGCGAACGUUUGAGGAAGCGAAAGGCGCGAGACGAAGCAAGGGCGCACGAGGCGUCUGCGAAGCGCGUCGCGCUCGACGAGCACCCUACUUCGACUCGGGCAGACGCCGUCAUGUUGCAGGCGGCGGGCGCCAUUGGCCGCUGGUUCCAACGGUUGGAGGAGGAAGUCGACGAGUGGCGAACCGAUGCCGGCUUGGACGGAUGGAGCAUUGCUGCCGACGAAGGCACCGUACGACGCAUGUGA